CAAGUGGGUUCAAGCUAAAAUUUUACUCUGGGAAGAUGAUCCUGGUAAUCAAGUUGAAUAUGCCCUUGUUGGUAAUGAUGUUACGGAUAAAUUAGCAUAUGUUCAUGAACCAGGAAAUCCGUUAAAGACCAGACUCACUACAUUUUUGAAUACCUGUCAUUAA